AUGCCCCUCCACCACCUCGCCACAACCACCCUCCUCACCCUCUCCCUCCUCUCCCUCCCCACCACCGCCCUCAUCCCAAUCCAAUUCCCCACCUGCCCCGAAAACCUCCACAUCAUCGUCGUCGCCCCGCUCCUAGCCUCGACCACGACCCACACCGACGACGACAUCAACCCCCCCGCGACCGCGCUCGACCCGCUCGUCAACGCCACCUUCGCGCAGCUGCCCAGCUCCAACAUCAGCACCGUCGCCGUGCCCUACUACGACCCGGCCGCUGUGCGCUUUACCGACCCGUCCACCUACGUCGCCGCCGUCGACGCCGGCAUCCGCGACCUGCGCGCCAAGAUCAACGACUCCAUCGCCAUGUGCGCCGACGGCGGCGGCGGCGCGGGCAUCGCGCUGUUCGGUUACGGACGACCGGGAGCGCAGGUCGUGGGCGAUGCGCUGUGCGGGCGCGACGGGACGGCGGCGGGGCAGAGCGUGAAUUUCGGGGAGGUGGCGCCGUUGAAUCGGGCGUGGGGGGAGAAGAUUACGGCGGUCGUUAUGAUGGGAGAUCCGGGUCACAUUGGGGGCCAGACGGCGUGGAAUGUUGGAACGGCAAUGCGUGAUGGCAUCUAUCCGUAUAGGAACGUGGAGCAGUGUCGUUGGUAUGACGGGCGGGUGCAGUCGUACUGCGACCGUGGCGACCCGAUGUGCGAUAGCGGCGAGAAUGUUGCGGUUCAUCUGGGUCUUGUCGAGAAAUAUCUUCAGAACGCAACGGAUUUCGUGGUGAAGAAGGCGUCACAGGCGCAACCGUCGUAA